AAAUCGAGAAAAUCAAAGAAAAGGAUCCUUCAAAACGACGGAAUAGGAAAAAGAUGCCAAAAAUCAGAUAUUUCGUCCCGACGCAACUUCGCCGGCUUCGACGAGGAAUCCUGCAGCGAGGGACACGAUUAUGAGCUGUUAAAGAGUGUCGCCGGCACCGACUCCGAACGAGAAAAGCUCCGACGACCGCAAACGAGAGCCGAAGGAAUCCGGAAAGCGAAGACCGAAUUACGAUCAACGACACAAGAUUGGAACUUCCUGCCCCACUCUUGAAGGGCACGCCGAUUUCGAGGUUUUCGGAUGGAGAAAGGCCGGAAUUUUUUAUAAUUUUAAUUAUUUUCCAUGUUUUUCCCCAAUUUUGUUCCACUCCUCAUUGUAACUAGCUUUUUGUUGUUCUCCUAAUUUCUUUUUAGUUUUUUAAAACUAUUUUUUUGUCUUGUUGUAUCAUAAAUAUUAUUUGUUAA